GAAUAUACAAAUUGAAAUGUCAACAGAUACAUGAUUAUUAAUUAAAAUUAAAUUGAAUUAUUAUUAUUAAAUUGAUAAAAAUUGGAAAAAUUGAUUUUAAUUAUAGAAAAUAAAUGCCUUAACCUAAACGAAGAAAGGAUCGAAAACCAGGGUGGUUUUCGAACGUUUCGUAACAUGCUCCCGGCCUCAAGGGUGAGCAAUUUGAUUGUUGACAGGCAGAGGGCAGAUGUUGUUGAAAGCCCUGCGGAUGACUCCUUUCUUUGUUUUUAUAUCCGCCACCCGUGCGAUGCCAUCACUGCCAGGAAUAACUCGGACGACUCGACCAAGUUGCCAGAGAAGGGGAGGCAGAGUUCUGUCUUUGACAACAACCAGAGCACCUUCCUGAAGCUCUCCCGUGGAUUCGUGCCAUUUUGUCUUCUGUUGAAGCCAAAGGACAUACUCAGUGGAGAAGCGAUGCCAAAACUGCUGCUUGAGUAGCUCGACGCGUUUCCAGCGCUGGAGCGAUGAAAUCUUGGUUGCCGUGAUCUGUGGAUGCGGUACGAACUGUGUGGAUCGCCCUAUUAGGAAGUGGGAAGGAGUUAAGGGACAAAGGUCAUUUGGGUCAUCUGACAUUGGAGUCAGUGGCCUUGAAUUUAAAAUUGCCUCAAUUUGGAUUAAAAGUGUAGACAUUUCCUCAUACGUCAUGUGUGUCUGGUCAAGCACACGACGGAGAUGAUGCUUAACAGAUUUUAUGGCAGAUUCCCAUAACCCGCCGAAAUGUGCUGCAUAAGCCGGUAUGAAUGAAAAUUUAAUACCUUCACCGACAUCUGAUGACGACGAUGCAUUAAGAACCUUUGUGAAUUCAUUACAAGCACCUUGAAAAUUUGUGCCAUUAUCGGAAAAUAUUGUCUGCGGCUUACCACGCCGAGCAAUAAACCUGCGCAAGGCUGCAAUGUACGCUUCCGUUGUCAUAUCGGAAACAAGUUCGAGAUGCACCGCUUUGGUUGCAAGGCACACAAAUGCACAAAUAUACGCCUUUACAAGCACACUACCUCUGCCUUUCCGGUUGGAUAUCAUGACCGGACCAGCAUAGUCGACACCGGUCUCAAGGAAUGGAUAUUCUAAUUCAACACGCUCUCUCGGUCCCUGCCACGAAUAGCCCAAUACUUAUGCCUGACGGUAGCAAGGAGCAGCUGAGGCCCUGCAUGCAAAAAUGUGAGAUGAAAAAACCUGAAUAUCAGCCUGCAAAGAUGAUGCUUGGAACUGAGCAACACUGGAUGCUUAAGGUUGUAAUCAUAACUAGAGUUGCUCAGUCUUCCCCCCACACGAAUGAGCUUGUCAUCACCGAGAAACGGAGACAGAGAUCGCAGAUUGCACUUUCGAGGCGGCUGAUUGACAACAAGAGAACGCUCUACCAUCUCGGGGAGAUCCCCGUCGGAUCUCUUAUUUGGAUUGCUUGGCCACUGCGUCUGAUCUGACUGAAUAAAUUGUGGACCCGACCACCACAGAGAAGUUUGGCCUAACUGAUCAGCGCUGAGACCACGAGAAACUAAGUCUGCUGGAUUCUCCUUCGACGGCACAUAACGCCACUGACAGCCAGCUGUACGUUCCUGAAUCUCGCUUACCCUGUGACGCACGAACGUCUUUAGAUUCAGAGGAUUUGCAGCAAUCCACCCUAAUGCAAUUGUGGAAUCUGACCAAAACACGCAGUGAUCUAUGGCUAAGGUGAGUGACGAAGACACCUUUGUAUAAAGCUUCGCGCCAAGCAAAGCUCCACUCAACUCCAAACGCGGUAUUGUAGUCUGAGGUUUAAUCGGAGCUACUUUACUCUUGGAUGCCAAGAGACGGACACUAACAGCCCCGUCAUUGCCUACACUACGUACAUAAACGCAUGCACCAUAUGCUUUCUCACUGGCGUCUGUGAAUACAUGAAGUGAGACUUCGGUUGGAUUCGGUAACUUAAUACACCUCGGGAUCAACAAAUUGUUCAAGUAUGGCAAUGUAUGUGCAAAAUGGACCCACGCAUCUUUAAUUGAUUGAGGAAUUUCACCAUCCCAUGAACACUUGCUAAUCCAGAGCUGCUGCAUAAUUAUUUUCGCUUCUACUAUACAUGGAGCGACUAGGCCAAGUGGAUCGAAUACCUGUGAAAUCGUCGAUAAAAUUGACCUUUUAUUAAUUUUACUCUGUGUAUCGACGUUAAUGGCAAAUGUCAGGCUGUCUUGAAAACAUGACCAAUUUAAACCAAGAGUCUUGGAUGACUCUUCAUUGCUCAAAUCUACAGUGUCUGAACCACUGACAUCUUGAUUAACUGCAAGUAAAAUAUCUUUAUUAUUGGAAUGCCACUUACGCAAAUUAAAUCUUGCUGACUCUAACUCUUGUGUUACAUUAUGACAUAACUGAAUAGUUUCCUCAACCGUGUCUCUGCCUGAUAAAAAAUCAUCAACAUAAAAGUCGUGACAAAUUGCAUGCUUGACAUUAAUGUCAUUUGAAUCAUACCCUAACUGAGUGAGACAUCUGGUUGCAAGAUAAGGUGCACUAGCUGUGCCAUAUGUCACUGUAUUUAAUGUGUAUAUUGCUAUUGGCUGCGACGGAUGCGACCGCCACAGUAUCUUCUGCAGAGACCGCUGUGAAUCCUGUAUUAAUAUCUGUCGAUACAUUUUCUCGACAUCAGCGGUCACUACAUAGUUAUGCUGACGAAAACGCAUGAGUAUUGACUGCAAAUCGUCUUGUAUAGUUGGCCCAACCCUUUGAAUGUCGUUGAACGACUUGCCUGAGGUUGUGGGGGCUGAACCAUUGAAUACUACCCUCAAUUUGGUUGUGGUGGAAUCCCUAAGCACUCCAUGGUGUGGCAGGAAACACGACACUCCGUGCUCACCACCCAUGCAUUUACUCAUAUGACCCAAACUUUCAUAUUCAUCUAAAAAAUCUACAUAGAGGUCUUUCAAGGUUGGAUUAUGUUCUAAACGACGCUCUACUGACAGAAAUGUAGCCAAGGCACGCUGAUAUGAGUCCCCCAGAACCUCAGGCGACUCCUUCAACGGCAUGGAAACCAUGAAUCUACCGUCAGCAUCACGUGUCGUAGUUUUUUGAAAGUGUUCCUCACAAGCGUUUUCUUCCGGCGUGAACUUGUGCUUAGGUGCAACUGAGUCUAACUCCCAAAAUCUAGAUAUAUCAACACCUGAAUCGGAAGGCAGCUCGUGCGUGAACAUGCACGUCUGUGGCACGUCCACUUUAGGAUGAAUAAUUGCUCCACACACCAGCCAUCCGAACUUAGAAUCACGAAGAGUGGGCUGAUUUGGACCUAACUCAAUUUUUCUGACUCCAAGAACAUCCCAGAAUAUCUCGGCACCUACUAAAAUGUCAAUGGAAGACGGCUCAUUAAACUUUGGAUCUGCUAAUAUAAUCCCGGACGGGAAUGGAAUAUCCUGAAUAUGAAUAUAUCUAUGCGGAAUAUGUGAAGUGAUAACUGGAGCGACGGAACACUCGACGUCCAUUUUGUAAUUACCGUCAUAUGAAUGAAUUUGAAUGGCACAUUCCUGCGACGUACUGGAAGUCUGAUUCAUGAUACCAGUAAUCCCUGAUUGGUUUGGAUAAGUGCGCAACCUAAGUUUAUUACACAAAUCAGUCGUAACAAAAUUUAGCGUACUACCGUUAUCUAAGAACAUACGUGCAGUCUGUAGCUCCCCCUUGCUGUCAACCACCUUUACUAUAGCUGUGGAUAACAACUUCCGCUUGAAUUGAGGCCUAGAAACUGACGCUGACUGAUCAGCAACUACUGCAAUAUUGUUUGGAGCAUCAGACUUUUGAAUUGCCCCCUGCAUUGCCUCUGUGUGAAUAAGUGUAUGAUGCUUUUUAUUACAGUAUUUACAAUGUGACAACCGACACUGAGAUUCUGUAUGCCCGUGACACAAACAAUUUAAACAGACUCUAAAGAAUUUCGCCUUACUGAGCCGGGCAUCUACCGGAAGCUUCCUAAAUGAAUAGCAACUGUAUAAGUGGUGUUUAUUUUUACACAUGGGACACACAUUCGAAUACGGCCUAAUACGAUCAUUGUCAAACGAAGCACUGGCAACAGCCAUUUUAGGUUUAAAAUGCGUAUGUAACGAUGAUGAUGAUGAUGUAUCAUUUUUAUGCCUAUUUGACUGAAUCUCAGCAAGACUUUCUAAAAAGUCAGCUCUCUGCAACAAGAACGUCUUGAAAAAUUCCAGAGUCGGAACCGUAGACUCCGCAUUGCGACGCUCUUCCCACUCCCUUGCGGUAACAGAGUCUAAUUUGGACGACAUCAUGUGAACAAUUAAAGUGUCCCAAUUAUCGGUUGGCUGACCUAACGAAUGAAGUGCGCGUAGGUUUUUUGUUGUGGCGUCUAAAAUAUUCCUAAGUGCCUGGCUCGACUCUUGACGUACGGGCUCGACAUUGAAUAAUGCAUUAACAUGAUUGGCUACUAACAACUUCUGAUUAUCAUACCUCUCUGAAAGUAACUGCCAUGCAAUUGAAUAAUUGUCACACGUGAGAUCCAAACUUUGAAUAAUAAGUGCAGCGCUGCCUUUCAGAGACGCGCGCAGGUAAUGAAAUUUAUUUAUUGUGUUGAUAGACUCAUUAUUAUGUAUUAACGAGAGAUACGUGUCCCGGAAUGCUAACCAAUCCUGAUAUCCACCUUCAAAACGAGGCAAAUUAAUCUUUGGCAAAUUAAUAAAAUUAGAAUUGUGCGCCUUGACAACUGUAUUUGCAGAGCUUACCUCGAACUCAUUUCCAACUGAAGCUCGUCUCGAAUUCUUCUGAAUCAGGACUUGCGCAGACGACAUGCUCGAGUAGUAGGCGUCCUCGAAGACAGCUCGCUCUUCGCCAACGUCCUCGCCGCUUGUAGACGCAGACAACAUCUCGAUGUCCGUCUGUAAUGCAUCGUAUUCAUCGUAUAGCGGUACUAUUUUAUCAAAUCGCAGCUGCAAUUCUGCAAGUUGUAACUCGCUCAGUUGCGGCUCCGCUGCUGCAUUGGAGACGAACUUUUGAAAGGCUGUAAUUUUACCUUUAAUAGCGCCACGCUUGUAAUUUAGCUUCUUUAAAUCUUCAGACAUUAUGAACUAAUAAAAUGUUAAAAAAUGAGCCUAUAAAUAUUUGUACAAAAUUAUGACGUUAAAUAAAAACUUUGCCCUUAAAAAAUGUCCAGGCGCUAAAACUAUUUGCAAUGCACUUGUAUUACGUAAUCUUGUUUACGACUUAUUCGCACUGCAGUUAGUUAUCAAGAUUGUUCUAAGAACGUGUUUGCCUAUUGUUUUUGAAGUUUUUAAUUGAAAUUAGCGUAAUAAAGUUAUAAAAUGAUUGAAUUAUUGUUAUUGUAUUGUAUAGGAAUUAUGUGAAAGUGAUAGUUUGUAUUAAAAUCUUAUGUAUUACUGUGAACUGGGUCAAGAGGUUAUACCUACUAAAAUGAAUACCUCUAGUGAAUAAUCCUAUCGAAAUGCCUACUGGCUUCUAAUCCAAACUAUGGCAAUGAAUUAACUUUCUGCACUGAAUGGGAAAGCAAUGAAUUUGGUAUUUGAAUAGGUAUGAAUUUGGUACUGAAUUAUAUACCUAAUGAAUAUUGCAGCUACACAGAAAAUGAAGAAAACAAAGGAAUGUGGAUAAAAAAAGAAAGGAAUGGAACGAUCUCACUUUGUUCGUUUUCCCUCCUGUGCUGGCUGCUGCUUGGUUUUGAAUGCUGGCUCCCGCUGAUCUCCACUGAGUACUCCUGGACUGGUCUAGUUGGCGCUGAAUUGGCUGGAUUCCGCGACUGACUGCUGGUCACGGAUGGAUGCCCACUGCAAUGGGAUGCUGCGUGUGCUCGUCGCGACUUUCACCCGUCCUGGAUCCUGGCUGAUGGGAUGGGACUCGAUGAGUGGAAGCCCUGGAACCUGCACGCAGCUGAAUGCGCCCUGCGCCAACCUGGUCGACCCACGGCUUCGAUGAUGAAGACCCGUUGCAUAGGUGGAGCCUGACUCGGUGCCACAGUCCUGUCCUCUCACAAUCCAGAGGCUUCGUAAGGACCAUGUAAAAUCUUCGCUGGUCUCAGGUCUUCGUAUUGAUGGUGAAAUAAUAAGCGGACUGUAGUUUGGUGCUGGUUUUAAUCCAAAUUGUGAAAAGACAAAGAAAAGUGGUACAGUGAAUGUCGUUGGAGGCGGAAUAACCGUAAGU